CUUCAUCCGGCCCUCCUCGUCGCCCGCCAUGGCGACCGCAAACAGUCCCAUUACUCAGGUCUCGCAGACCCCGCAAUACUCCAAUCUGCACCAGCCCCAGCUCCUGACGAGGCUCCUGCUCGACCUGCGCGGCAAGCGCUUCUCGGUCGACCGCGAGACGAUUAUGAACCUGCCGGAAUCGGUGUUGCUGUGCUUGUUCCCAAAUGGACUUGUUCUGAGCCGACAGAGCAUGGCGCUCUCUGAAAAUGGCGAGGAGGCGGAGGAGGACGAGCAGCUGUAUGGGGUCGAUUUUGACCCAGAAUGCUUCGCCUACGUCCUCAACUUCUUCCGCACUGCCGCGGAUAACUUCUACGGCACGAGCACACAACCGGGGCUGCUCGCCGCGCAACAACACCUCAUCGACGGCUCGCCCUCCCCCGAUCUCGGCGCUGCACCCUCGCAAAACCCGCUUCUCACCAAGCAGGCGAUCAUUGUCCUCCGCGAAGAGCUGGAAUACUUCUCGAUACCGCCCAAGAACUCGGGCGCGGCGACGGACGCGCAGGGGAUCGCUAACGACCCAUUGCUCGACCUCAAGCGCCGGUGCGGCACGCACCUGCUCGAGAAGCGGAACAUUUUCACGGCCCUGCAGCGGAACGUGAACAAGGAGAACAACAUCGCUGAGCAACAUCUCAUCGACAUGCUCUGCAUGAGCGGCUUCGACCGCGAAGACGAAUGGGGCUACCGCGCGCUCGAGCCCUCCCGGUGCUGCAUCUCCUCCAUCGCCCUCGUCCUCCUCAAGACCGGCAUCGUGCACCACCCGCCGCAGCCGACGGGCGAGCGUCCGGUCACGGUCGACUACAACCAGAUGGCGACCGCGCAGAAGCUGCUCCUCUUCUGGCGCAAGCCGGCGCGCAAAUGCUGGUGGGACGGGCUCGAGGUUGAACUUCCCGGGCCGAACGGCGUCGGCAAGGAGGUCGUGAAGCUGUGGGCGCGACGGGUGUGGACGCUCGAACUGAGUCUGAUCAUUCCCGCGAAGUCCGAGGUAGAACUCGAUAUCAAGCAAACGACGUACAGCGGUUGUCUUCGGGAUCUGUUUUUCCUCAUCAAGGGCGUCACGGCCGCAAAACCUUGGGCGCCUCCGGACUCUCGGAAAGGGUCUAUCCUUGCCGCGGCCGGUGGGAGCUCCGGAACGGACGAGGAGCGUUUAGGAGGGUCCGCGAUGGGCGUUCCCCGAACGAAUGAUUGUUUUCGCCAAUAG